AUGUGGUCCUUUUCAACCGGAGUUUCGUUGUACCUCAUAUCUCUCCUUUACUACAAUAUGGACCUUUGCAAUGUCUCAGCUACGGCUGAGAUCGGAGUGAACAGCACUAGCGGAGUCACCCUUCUGUUUCGCGACUUCAAUGAAUCACGACACAACAUAGCGGCUUGCGGCUCAGAGACUUACCUGCGGCCUGACCCUGGCGGUUGUCUCUUGCCAUGGCCGUACACAAUGGCAUGGAUCCUGAUCCACCUACCAGUUACUGUGUUGCGAGUAACACGCUGGGAGAAAGUGCAGACACUUUCAAUCAUUUUGGCGUUUUUCAGCGUUUACUUCACAGUCCAGGCAUACACGACUGAUCUUAUCCCGGCUAAGAUCCUGGUCUGGAUGCCUCUGGCGCUUGUGUUAGACAUUGGAGCCAUGAUGCAGCUCGUUUUCCUAAUCGUCGACGAAAAUGGUGCUACCAUACUACGAAGUGCACUCAAGGAGUCAAUCGUUCGGCCAUUCCUCAAGGAUAGAGUUGAGGCCAUACCUUUCACAGGAGAAGCAGACAAUGCCAAUACCGAAGACAAGACCAAUCAAAUACAGGUUGUGUCUCUUAGGCCGCUGCCAGUCCCUUCCGGCCGCGGGUUGAUUGGCCAAGCCUGGCUGACAGUCCUUGCACUCACCCUACUUGCUGCUUUACUAGUUCUGCAACUCAUCGGCCUAGUAGCAGCAAUCAAAGGGCGCGGUCAAGAGGGCCUCAAGGCCGAAUGGUGCUCGCCAAUGUUUCAGUCCGCCGAAGCUGUGCUUGUCAAUUGCGAAACACCACCUACUCGGGUUAAAAAGAGCUUCAGUCAAGGGAUUGGUUGCAUUUUGCUGCCGGCGGAUGAGCAGUACCACUGGUUGAAUAUAACAGUGGCUGUGUUACUAAUUAGCGUUGUGUUUGAGUUCUUUGAUGCUGCCAUCCUAGUGCUGGUAGGGAACAAUACGCGAUGGUGGAAAGCGAGGAUGAAGAGACCAUGGUUCACCAUGUUCACCGGCAAUGCCGUACUUCUCUGCAUCCUUGUCUCUGGUGUUAUAAGCAGCUCGCACCUCCCAAUUGGUGUUAACCGUACUGUUUGGGUGUUCAAGUACGAGCAGAGCGUCCGUUCCGCUAUAGUCUGUCAAGGGACACUGAUAUCCGCAGGUGUCAGAGGCUCAAUCAUCGGAUGGACAGAUGGCUUUUUGUCUAGUUGGGGAAAAACCUACUCUGGUUUUUGA